UGUGAAAAAUGGGCACAAAAUAGCAGUGUUUAUCACUUAUAGUAUAGUUUUGAUUGUUUUUUUCAAUCAAUGUUUGAUCGCAUUUACCACUAAAUUAUUGACCAAAUUAUCAUUUAAUUGACACCAAUUUCAGUGAUAAUCAUAUAAAGGCUGAUCCAGUACUUAGUAGUGAUGUCUGUCGAGUCGAUACCACGAGAUUUACGACAUUUGAGAGCCUGUUUGUUGUGUUCACUCAUUAAGUCCUUUGAUCAAUUUGAGUUUGACGGAUGUGAUAAUUGUGAUGAAUAUCUGGGAAUGAAGAAUAACCGCGAAAUGGUUUACGACUGCACUUCCAGUAAUUUUGAUGGUAUGAUAGCUUUGACCAGUCCUGAGGAAAGUUGGGUUGCGAAGUGGCAAAAGAUUAAUCGCAAAUGUAAAGGCAUUUACGCAAUCAGUGUCUCGGGUAGACUUCCGGCCGGUAUUAUUAGGGAACUCAAGAGCAGAGGUGUUAUCUAUCGCUCCAGAGAUCGGGCGACCAAUUGAUUGACUAAUUAUUGAUUUCUAUUUAUUGUAUAUUAAAUCAUAUUUUGUUUCUCAUAAUAUGUCAUGCAUUUUAUUAUAUGAUAUCUUAAAGACAUAAAUAAACUUAUGUUUUGUGUCUCA